AUGGCGAAGAAUCACCAAUUCACCAUUGGAUGGAUUUGCCCUCUCCCUUUGGAGAAGGAGGCUGCAAGGCUAGUGCUGGACGAAGAGUAUCCACAAGAGGAGGUCCAGUACCAGAACCGAAGAACGGGGCUGACUGGUGCGGCGAUUCUUGCUGAAAAGAUGCGCACUGGUUUCUCCAAUAUCAAGUAUUUUCUCCUUGUCGGCAUUGCUGGCGGGGUGCCCCGCUAUGGGCCACCUGGGGCAGCGUCAGAGAUUGUACUCGGCGACGUGGUGGUUAGCUAUCCUCGAGGGAAGCACGGUGGGGUAUUGCAAUACGACAAGGGCGUGUGGGAGGGUCAAGGGCAGCUGAAAUUUCGAGGGCACACAAACGGCAUUCCAGGUGAUCUGAUGGCCGCCGUCAAUAAUUUUCGCGCAGAUGGCUGGUCUAAGAUAAACAUCGCAGAAGUAUUACAGCAAAUGCGCGCGAAGCUACCCGAGGAACAAAAACGCCAGUACGACGACCCAGGCCCUGGUCGCGAUAGGCUCUUCGAAGACACUUAUGAGCACAAGGGCACGGGACUCAACGACUGUCGAGAGUGCUGCGAUAUGGAUUACAUUUGGUCGCGAUCUGAUCGAGGCGAUGGAGCUACUCGACUUGUCGAUAGGCCCUUUGUUCACUUUGGCAAUGUCGCAUCAAGCAACCAGCUGCAAAUAUCGGCUGUCGAGCGCAACCGAGUUCAACGAAAGCACGAUGUCAUUUGCUUUGAGAUGGAAGCAGCUGGAGUUAUGGAAGAGUACCCGUGUGUUGUUGUUCGUCGUAUUUGCGACUACGCAGAUUCGCAUAAGAAUAAGAGUUGGCAGAACUACGCAGCAGCCACGGCGGCAGCAUGUGCUAAAGGGCUCUUGCCUGAGAUUCCUGCGGUAGAAACUGCCAGUAAGGCGCCGUCUGUAGAGUCGUCUCCAUCUCAGCAACCGGGGAGCAUAACGAAUACGACGUUUGGCAAUAACGAACGUGGCAUAUAG